CGGCUGAUGGCGUUUAGUUAUGUUUGAAAUCUCGCAGCGUGCAGUGUAGCGUGCGAUGGCAGCGCUGUAGCUUUCCGAUCAUUACUUUCUUUGCGGUUUUUUGGGAAGUGAGAUGAUCCGGGCGGCAUAUGAUGUCAUCUACUGAGACAACUUUAUGUUGUACCCGUACGUAUCGACUGUUGUGGACUGCUGUUUUUCCGCGGCAUCCUGUACAUUUUGCACCCAAGGAAGCGACCGUUUCAAGUGUGAAUGACUGAUCCGUUGAAGAAGUGACCGCUGAAUAGUGCCAUAUCACUAAAUAACAUGUGAAGAGCUAUAAAACUGUGAAUUCUCGCAAAUAAUAACCGCGUAAAGAUAAGGAAUCUUACGAAUUUUGUCUAUGUGCUGUGCAUAUUUUUGUGUCGAAUGGCUACAAUAUAACAAAAAUCCAAAACACGACCAGCGAGUCCGUUUUGUGUUCGAUAAGCGUAGUAAAACUGAAAUCGCCAAAGUUCUGACGAGUUAAAUGCGUGCGUGACUGAAUGGCGAAUUUUGUUUAUGAAGCAUAUGGUUUUUGGUGUUUUUAUAUCUGUUGUUUUUGUUGUUGAUGUUGAUCGGCACCUUGGCCAUCAGCCGGCAGGAGGGAAUGCGUGCUAGCUCGGUGCUCACUUCCCAUAACUAAAUAGCUCUUCGCGUGGCCACAAUUAAUCACAGUCAAUUAAUUUGGUGUAUAUAUUGUAAGCCUUUGGGGCUUGCUAUGUCCGUCGCAGUUCGCCAACGCCCCCUUUGACACACUGUUGCCGAUUGGGAUCGAUUGUCAAUCGCUACUGUUUUGUUAUUUUUUUACGAUACUACUGGUUCCAUGCCCGAAGAAGCACUGUGAAAUGGGGCGGGAGGGGAUUUGAAUUCUGUGCAGCUCUUCGGAAAGGCACCAUCUAUCGGGGAAUCGUAAACCCAUUGUUGUGGUUGCCGUGAGUGUCCCAAAGGCACCAUGCAACGAGUGUUUAGUUUGGUUUAUUGGUAACGCAUCAUUGAGCUUUACCAAAAUAGAGCAUAUUACGCUAGUUAGAGCUAUCAUAAUCACCCAUGAAUCUCGGCUAGACAUGCAUCGGAGGUUCGAUCGGUUGAGCUGCAUAUUAUCCCUUGAGUAGAGGAAGCGUCAUGAGCAAUCAGCAAAAGCGUCAGCAGCGACAGUGCAAAGAACCAAACAAGUGAAGUGAUCGAGAAAAUUUAAUAUAUUCCGAAGUGGUUCGUCCGAUAUGUGCCCAGCGGCGAUGGUCCUUCAAUGGACGAAAGUGUAGAAGUGUCAUUUUGGGCGAAAAAGUGAAAAAGUGUGCCAUUGUGGAAAACUUUCCUGCGUUAAAUUUCGCCCUCCCUACCCAGUGUCAUCGUGCUUACCAAUUGCAUCCGCUUGAUUGGAUGACAGUGGUGAAAAUUAAUUUUAAACGAAGUGUAUCUGUGUGUAUACGUUUUUUUAUCGUCGAUCAAGUAAAAUACAAUCAACAGCAAGUGAAUGUGAAGUUGAUGGUACAGUUUCGAUAGAGAGAAACAUUUUUGAAUCACACAGCAACAUUCUAACUAACGAGAAGUCCUCUUUUCCGGGUGCAGCUGAAAACUAAAAAAAAAACGAUGAUACUCAGGCUGGUUUAUUGUAUCACAAUCGUCGCCAUCAUUUCAAUCGAUACGAUCGGAGCUGACCUCUCAACAAGGGAUCGCAUACGGAUUCACCGUGAAUGGCUCGAAAGGCGGGCCGCGAAACGAUCGAAUGUCAGUGCUUCGAAUUCACCUCCCGACUCGUUGGUAGCAACGACGACUCAGCGGACAACCUAUAUGCGAAAGUUAAUCAAAUUCAAGAACGAAAACGAACCGCUGUCAGAGAAUGACAUUUCGUUCGUUCCCCAUUUCGGGAGCGGAGCGGAAAUCGGUGAUGGUAGUAAUGGGCCUGUUGGUGUCAAUAAUGGUUCCGCCCCGGCAAGCGCCAGCAAGCAACAGGAUCGGCAUCAUCAUCAUCAUCAUCCCGACCAGCAUAUUCAGCAGGGAUGGAAUUUUCAGCAUCACGGCGUCCACGCAACGUCCCGACCCAACGAAAAAGAAAUUUUGACAGACGAUGCUGAACGGUAUCGGUAUGAUGUCGUGUCUGCACAAGAUGGUAACCGACAGGAAGUGGAAUCUGGAGGUCGUACGGAAAAUUCACUCACGGCUCGACAAUCUCCGCCUGCAGCGGUUGUGAAUGAAAGCGAUACGAAACCUCUUGUGUACAUUAUGGAACCUUCAGUAACCUCGAUACCCGAGGAUGUUGGAGUUUCUGUGCUAGGGUUGAGGGCUGGUGAGUUUCCGGCAACUACUGCUACCCCCCAGGUUGAGAAACUAUCCGAGAAAAUUAAUGCCGCGUACGAAUUGAACCACCAGAAGCUGAACGAGCGGAAGCAACACAAUGCUAUCGAUGCAAAUCUCUUAAAUAAUGAUUUGUCGGCGGGUUCGAACGACGCUACCGUUGCAGCUGAAACCGUAGCGACCACCGACCGUAAAUCAGAUCCAAUUCCAACCCCAAUAACGUGGGACACUGCUGAAGGAGCAGUUUCGAGCGGACAGGCCAUACUAUCCGGUGAAGAAGGGAAAAGUGUUCUAAUAACAACCACCAACCAGGAUGCAGGAAAGCAGGAAGCUGUUCAAGAACCGGAUCUCGCUUUACCGACAGGUUCUACAGCCCAGUCGAUGAAUGUCACAGUGCGAAAUCUUUUCGGCCCAUGGAGUAACUGGACGGCUUGUUCGAGAUCGUGUGGAGGAGGCGUCAAGACUCAGGCCCGCAGCUGCUGGAAACGAGAGUACAUAAAUGGAAAAAAGAGUACCAAACCUGCAGUUGAAAGUUUCGAAUGUAUCGGCAUCAUUAAGCGUUACCAUUUAUGCAACGAACAGGAAUGUCCCAGUACCGAUGGCGAUUUCCGUGAACAGCAGUGUGCCAGCUUCAACAGCCAAAUUUUCCAGGAUAAACGCUAUAUUUGGGAAGCUUUUGUCAAGGAGGAUGCCGAAUGCGAAUUAAAUUGCAAGCCGAUUGGAAUGCGUUACUUUGCAACACUCAACAAAACCGUCAUCGAUGGAACACCUUGCUCGAAACCGACCGAAUAUUUUCGCCGUAAUAACAGUGGCCGUGGGAUAUGUGUCGAAGGAUUGUGUAAGGCCGUUCACAACAGUGGCGUUAUUUCGGGCACGUUCAUGAACAAUGGUGCCGUCCGGUGCGAAAUGACCGUUUGCCGUCCCAUUACCGGUAUCUACACGAAGACCAACCCGGACAAUGGGUACGUUCAUGUGGCCACCAUUCCAGCCGGUGCAUCCAACAUCACGAUAACGGAGCUACAGAACAGCCAGAACUAUCUCGCACUGAAAACGGCUGAUCAACGGUUUUUCAUCAAUGGCGACUACACGAUUUCGCUCAGUGGACAUUACAUUGCCGCCGGGACCGUGUUCGAUUAUCGUCGAGUCGAUGGGUUGAACAACGGUUCAAACAGCAGCUUCCGGCACGUGGAAGGCAUCACCGAAUGGGUGACUGCGCUUGGGCCCACGAACGAACCGGUGCAGGUGUUUCUGCUUUCACAGUCACCAAACCCGGGUAUCAAGUACGAAUAUCUUCUUCCCGUGUUCCCCUCCGAGCCUACAUCACAAGAAGAAAUUCCCAGUGCCGAAGCGGGAAAUGAAAUCUCGGAAAAAUCCAAUCUGCGUGUGCCAAAGCAACGGUUGGUAACAUCAGCCAACAACUCAAGCACCCCCAGCACGGGACGGGUUGGUCAGCGUAAGCGUAAGUAUCUGUGGAAAGUGAUCGGAUUCAGCGCAUGCAGUAAGUCCUGUGGCGGAGGCAUCCAGCAACCCAUCAUAAAAUGUGUUCGUGAAUCUCCUACGCGCGUCUUUUCGGUCAAACGGUGUGCCCAUCUGCAGCAACCGGUGCUGAAUGAAAAUUUGUUACGCUGUAACACACAACCCUGCCCCGCGUACUGGAAGCUUGGUGACUGGGAUCAGUGUAACUGCGAGGAGAAGUAUGACGAGGAGGUGUUCCGAACGCGCGAAGUCAAGUGCGUCCAAGAGCUACUGUCCGGCAUUGUGAUACAGGUCAACAAUGGGGCCUGUAUGGAAGAGCUCCCGCCCAGCACAGAACGCUGCGAGUGCUCACGUGUUGUAAAACCGACACCAGCAAGAACAGAAAAGCCACGAUACAAACCGACGGUAAGCCAACAUCAGCAUGAACACCGUGGCCAUCGGGGACAACAUCAGCAUCAACACCACGAGCACCACAAUGGUGGCAGUCACAGUCAUACACAGAACGAUAUGGAGAAUGGGCCAAUGUCGAACGGAGGCAUCAUCGUACCGCACAGUCGGCAGCGAACCGAUAUCAACCACAUCAACUAUCGAGCAGAGUCGAAGAAAACCGGCGUCUGGUUGACGGCAAACUGGAGCACUCGGUGCUCUACGAACUGCGGCAUUGGCAUGCAAACACGUUCGAUCUUCUGCGAUCGUAGCUCGUCGAUCAACUCGGAACGUUGCGAUCUGCGCAUGAUGCCGGAAACGUCGCGUGAAUGUACCAGCAAUCGAGCUUGCGAAUUUGGCGAAUGGUUUGCGGGUCCUUGGACUCUGUGCUCCGGAGAUUGCUUCAAUCUGACACGCUCCAGAACAGUGCUCUGCAUCCGUAACGAUCACUUUGCUCCGGAAAGUGAAUGUGAUGCCGAACUGCGACCAAAAUCGAUCGAACCAUGCGACACCGAAUCAUUCGAGGAAUGUAAACCAAGGUGGCACUUUUCCGAAUGGACUGAGUGUACCAAACCUUGCGGCGGAGGAAAUCAACGUCGGGUGGUUAAAUGUCUAGAGUUCAAUUUGCGCGACAAAUUGCUCCAGGAAUCAGGUGGCUGUCGUUACGCCGAUCGUCCUAUGUCUUACCGGGUGUGUAACGAAGAGUCCUGCCCAACAUCGACCGCUUCGCCCGCGACACCUGCAACAACCCGCACGACAACGUACUCCACUUACACGACGACCCUGUCCGCCUCAUCAUCGAUGGAUCCGUACUAUGAGCCACGGCCGGACAUGAUGCCGAACGAUGAAAAUUGCCGAGAUGAUUUCCCCAACUGUACGAUAGUGUUAAAGGCCAAACUAUGCAACUAUGCGUAUUACAGCCAGGCGUGUUGUCAGAUGUGCCGAACACGACAGAACGAACUGUACUAACGCAUAAAGCCGAGUACUUUUUUGCACCAUUAACACAACACAACACGAGGCUGCGCAGAUUGGACGUUGCACAUACCAUUUCCUGCGUUCAUUAUGAAUUAAAAGUAACCGAAGAAAAGGCAACAUUUGCGUUAUUAUCUUGUCCAGCUUAGAUUUGGAUGGGGUACAUUGUUUGGGGUAUAUUCUUCCGAUUACCCGUUUAAAAACACAAGAAAACCAUUUAACAGUAUUUUUGAGCUGAACAACUGGUACGAAGGAAGGAGCGAGUAAAACUGUCCUUUUUCACAGCUUUGUUUCAAAUAGUGAUCAAAAACCAGCGUCAUCAAUCAACAGCAAACUUAUCACCGUCGGUCACACUAGUAUUAACCAAAUGCAUGCGUUCCAGUGCAAAAGGAGGAAGUAUACAUACGUGCACUAAUUAACAAACGCCCUACGACGAACAUUGAGUAAGUUUCCAUUACUCCCCAAACAGUGGACAACUCGCGGUAUUCUACAACCACUAACGACAACCGUUUGGGAUACCUCUCUGGUUAUGAAACACUACAUACUUAUUUGCAACAAAAGGUGCGCAACUGAUUAUGAUUUAGAUUUCGUACGAUUCCUACCAGGAGACGGAACAAAGGGGGCAACGGGGGCAAAUAAAAACGUUUGACGCUGGGGUGUUGUUUUAUUUCCCCUCUUCCCGAUAGUGAGUGGUGGUAGUGAUUAGAUAUUUAUCGAAGAGGAAUAAUUCACAAACUUCACAUCGUUACGCAUCAAAGAGAAUCAUUAUUGUUAGUAACUAUUUGCAGACUAAUAAAAACAAAACGGUGAACAACACACUGCAGCAAAAACAAACAGCAAAACCGACCCGAAAGGUUAAAUUUUCACUCACUGUAACUAUAACAUAGAUCUCCCUCUUUCCAAUAAACGUUUGAUAACAUUGGAGUAUGUUGUGAGGCAAUGAA